GUCUUCGUCGUCGCCGUUCUUUCUCGCCUGUUUAAGCUCUGCUCUGCUCUCGCUCAGUGCCUGCUCACCUCCUCUCGCUGCCGGAUAAUGGAAGCAAAAAAGACUCCUCCCUUCAAAGUAAUAUUGGGUUCGGCUUCGAUUGCGCGGAAAACCAUUCUAGCUGAGAUGGGUUAUCAAUUCACCGUAAUGACUGCAGAUAUUGAUGAAAAGGCAAUCCGGAAGGAAAAGCCAGAGGAGUUGGUAAUGGCUCUUGCGGAAGCUAAGGCUGAUGCAAUUGUAGCUAAACUACAAUCCAUCAAUAAUCUGGAGAAGAUUGCUGAAGCUGAGACAAGUGUAUUAGUUGCAGCUGAUACAGCUGAAGCCAUCUUGGAGAGACUCCCGAUCGGUGACUAUGCACAGCGUGCUGAGCCAACAUUGUUAAUUACCACAGAUCAAGUGGUGGUCUAUGAUGGUGCAAUAAGGGAGAAGCCAAGCAACGAGGAAGAAGCACGGCAGUUCAUGAAAGACUAUUCUGGCGGCCAUGCUGCUACUGUUGGGUCAGUCGUUGUAACGAACCUUAAGACCGGUCUGAGGAAAGGAGGAUGGGACCGCGUGGAGAUCCAUUUCCACGAAAUUCCUGAUGAAGUCAUCGAGAAGCUGGUUGAAGAAGGGAUAGUACUCAAAGCUGCAGGAGGUCUCAUCAUAGAACAUCCUUUAAUAGUGCCUUUUGUUAAACAAGUGGUUGGAACUACUGAUAGUGUAAUGGGACUUCCCAAAGCCCUUACUGAAAAGCUUCUCAAGGAGGUUCUCUAAGUGAAGCAGAGCAGUAUUUUGCUCACCAACUAUAUGAUUGAUUAGAUAAUCUCUUUAGCAAAAUGAUGUAGAGGGCUCAUUCGAUUCUAACUAGUAAGAACUAAGAACUAGUAGUUAAAUUCACGCCCUUUUGUUGUGCUAUUAUAAGAACUGGUAGUCAAAUCCUCGACCUUCAGUACAAUCUCGUCGUCGUCUUGUCUUCGGUUUCACGGUCUAUGUGGUUACCUGGACCCAACCCGUCUUCCUCCUCGAUUGCGCGU